AUUCCAACCCUGAUACUCUGUGAGUCAUCUCUUAUUAAAAAUUCUCCUCUCUGAAUUCUGAAUUCUGAAAUCUGAUACUCAUAUCACACGCAUGUUUCUCACUCCAUCAAGUUGCAUUAUUUUUUAAUGAAACCAUGAAGCUUUUGAUACUCUCAUAGCAGACAUUACCACAGCCUUUUUAAUUUACCACCCUUAAACUAAUCUUCACUGUUCUCUUCUUUCAUAACACACACACACACACUUUCUCAAUUAUUCAAUUCCCCUUCUUUUCAUUUUCCUUAUAAAUUUUCCUCCUUUUUUUGUCCCUUAACCAUUCAUAACAAAACUUUCUAAACACCAAAAUGCAUAGCAGAGAAAGGAGAAGAACACCUUCUUUCUCUUCUAUUCUUCUCGACAACAUUUAUCGUUCCAUCGACGAAUCGAAAACCGAUCUUGUUCAUGAGGAAAACCAUGAUAAUAAAACCAACAAACACAGAGAAAAAGGUUGCAUUGGAAAACAAAGAAUGAAUCUUCGGCAAGCUGUGAUGAUAGAAGAUUGGUUGGAUAAGAACACAAGUUCAAGCUCCUCAGAAUGUAGCUCUGGAGGAAUCUUUUCAUCCUCAGAAACAGAUUCAACCAACAUUAACAAACCAAGAUCAAGACCUCAAAAACAUAUGAAUCAUGAUAGCAAUUCACAGCGACAACAACAACAUCAGAAGAAGAAGAAGAAGAAGAAGCAACAACCAUGGGAAGAUGGUUUUACAAGAACAAAGUUGAAAGCUUUGAAAAUCUAUGGUGAAUUGAAUCAAAAAGUGAGACAACCAAUUUCACCCGGGAGUAAAAUAGCUACAUUUCUUAGCUCAAUUUUCAACUCACAAAAUGUGAAGAAAGCCAAAAUGUGUUACGUUGGUGCUGUUGAAGAUGUUAGUUUUGAUCACAAAUCUAAGUCACCUUGUUUCUCUUCCACUGUUUCAUCUUUUUCUACAAGGUCUUGCAUGACCAAAACAACCUCAAAAUCAAACAAUGGUGUCAAAAGGUCUGUUAGAUUCUACCCUGUUAGCGUAAUCCUAGGUGAGGAUUCUGAAACCAAACAACAAACUAGUGUUCGAAAGAUUACCAAAUGUUCUUCAGUAAAGGAGGCCAAGAAUAUUAACAGUGUUAUUUUGAAAAAAGAAAAUGGAGAUGAAGCAAUAGUGCAUGGUUUUAUGAAGGGUUAUAAUAAAAGUUGUGAUAAAGGUGAAUUUGAUUUUAGAGGGUUUUAUAAUAACGGUGAAGAUGAUAAUGAAGAAGAUGAAGAUGACGAUGAUGAUGCUGUGAGUUAUUCGAGUUCGGAUUUGUUUGAGCUUGAUCAUCUUAUUGGAGGUGAAAGGUAUCAAGAAGAGCUUCCAGUUUAUGAAACUACAAAUUUAGAAACUAAUAAGGCCAUUGCUAAUGGUCUAUGUUUGUAGUUUUCUUAAAAUAAAUUAAUUGUAAUUAUUUUUUAUUUUGUUUUGGGGACUCAAUCUAUAAACGAUUCAUUUGUUCUGUUUUUCAUGGAAAUUUAUUUCAUUAUUUAGAUUAGAUGGUGUUUUAGACUCUAUGCAUGCUAGGAGUGUUUUGUUAUUUUAUUUAUUUAUAAAUUUUGGAUAAUUAACUAUGUGUGGAUUA